AGCAAUGCCAUAGGAAUUUCGUUAUGAUAUAGUUGAGUGUUUCCAUUAAAGAGUCAAUAGGCCCAUCGACGGUCCCAUCUACAGUAAGAGGCUAUGUUUGAAUUCAUGAAGAUUCAUAUGACAUCUUAGCCCUUUCUCCUUCUGUUUGGUCAAAGGAAUUGGAGAAUAGAGUGAUAACAUUUAUGAAGCAUGAACUGGAGAGGUUUAAGAAGCUUCUGAGAAAUGACAACAUAAAAUACUAUGACAAGGGAGUAGAUGACAACUAUGAUGCCAGAGAGGGCGCUCUCAACAUUGCACUACAUUUCCUACGGAAGAUGAACCAAAUAGACCUUGCAGACUCCCUGGAGAAAUGUCCCAUUGAGCUGUGUCAGCAAAAGCUAAAAUCAAAUCUGAAGAAAAAAUACAAACGUGUCUUACAAGGAAUAUCACAGCAGGGGAAAUCAGAACUCCUUGAAAAAAUUUACACGGAUCUCUUCAUCACAGAGGGAAGAGGUGAUGUAUUCAGUAGCGAGAAUGAAAUAAGCUGUAUUGAGAAAGCAACCCGAACCCAAGAUACAGAAGAGAAACCAAUUGAGUGCAACAGCAUCUUCCAGCCAUUGCCUGGAGAAGAGAAGGCCAUUAGAUUGGUGCUCACAAAUGGAGUUGCAGGAAUUGGAAAAUCCAUUUCUGUGCAGAAGUUUAUCUUGGAUUGGGCAAAUGGAGUUGAAAAUCAAGAGAUCGAAUUGAUCUUCCCACUUCCCUUCAGAGAGCUGAACUUGAAGAAAGAAAAAUACAGUUUGAUGGAGAUCCUUCACCAGUUUUUUCCUGAAACAAAAGGGAUGAUGUUCACCAAAAGAAAGGACUACAAAGUCCUCUUCAUCUUCGAUGGCCUGGAUGAAUGCAGACAUCCUCUUCAAUUCAAGAAAAAUGAGAUCUGGUCUGACCUAACCACACCAACUUCAAUGGAUGUCCUUCUGACAAAUCUGAUCAAAGGCAAUCUGCUGCCAAAUGCUCUCAUUUGGAUAACUUCCAGACCAGCAGCAGCCAACCACAUACCUCCUGAAUGCAUAGACUUAGUGUCUGAGGUACGCGGCUUUAAUGACGAACAGAAGGAGGAGUACUUCAGAAAGAAGAUCGAAGAUCAGAUGCUGGCUGAAAGAGUUAUCAAACUCAUAAAAGAAUCAAGAAGUCUCUACAUCAUGUGCCACAUUCCAAUCUUCUGCUGGAUCUGUGCAACUGUUUUUGAAACAAUUCUGUUGGAAACAGAAUCCUCAAGGGCAAGUAAACAGCAAAUCCUGAAUACGCUGACACAAAUGUACCUACACUUCUUGAUAUUUCAGACAAAACGUAAGACUGAGAAGUAUGAUGAUGAGAAAUCCAGUUGUUGUGGGUCUCCCCAGUGGGAUGAGAAGGGCACUCGGGCCUUGGGGCAACUGGCUUUUGACAACUUGCUGGACAACAAUCUGAUCUUUUGUGACAGUGAUCUCAUAGACUGUGGCAUUAGUGUGGAAGAUGCUUUCGUAUACUCAGGAAUGUGCACUCAGAUCUUCAAGGAGGAUUCCGGGAUACUCUUUGGCACUGCAUUCAGCUUUGUACAUCUGAGCAUCCAGGAGUUCAUGGCAGCAUUGUAUGCACACAUUUGUAUGAGCAAAGACAACAGGAAUGUUUUUGCUGACGAGGACACAUGCUCCGAGAAGGAAACCAACAUGACUGACCUGCUGAAGAAUGCUGUGGACAAGGCCUUGAAUAGCAACAGUGGACAGUUAGACCUUUUCCUGCGCUUCCUUCUGGGUCUCUCACUGGAGUCCAAUCAGAAGCUCUUACCUGGCUUACUGACAUACAGUGAGCGCACAUCUCAGAGCAAAGAGGAAAUAGUGAAACACAUCAAAGAUAAGUUGAAGGAAAACCUCUCAGCAGAGAGAUCAAUAAAUCUCUUCUACUGUCUUAAUGAGUUGAAUGACAAGUCGUUGGUGGAUGACAUCCAAAAUCAGCUGAAGUCUGGCAGCCUCUCCUGUACAAAGCUUUCCCCUGCCCAGUGGUCAGCACUGGUCUUUGUACUGCAGACAUCAGAAAAGGUGAUCGAAGACUUUGACCUUAAGAAGUUUCAAAGGUCAGAUGAAUGCCUGAAGAGACUUCUUCCCGUGGUCAAAACUGCCACAAAAGCUAGGCUGGACAACUGUUGUCUAACUCAAGAGAGCUGUUUAGCUAUUGCAAAAAUCCUCAGCUCUUCAUCUCUGAAGGAGCUGGACCUGAGUGGCAAUGCAAUUAAAGACACAGGAGUGGAGAUUCUGGCCUGCGAACUUCAAAAUCCACAGUGCAAACUUGAGACCCUGAGGCUUUCAAAAGGCAGCAUCACAGGUGAAGGAUAUGCCCUUCUUGCAUCAGCCUUGAGAAGAAACCUCCACCUGAAAGAGUUGGAUAUGGGAGGGAAUGACCCUGGUGACUCUGGAGUGAAAUUGUUGACAGGUUUACAGAAGGAUUCCAUCUGCAAACUGGACACCGUCAGGUUCUUAAUGAAUGAUGAUGCAGAGAAAUCAUGUGGAUAUUUGAGUAUAGUUUUAGGCAGAAACCCCUUACUCUUGAGAGAGCUGAAUCUCAGUGAACACAAACUGGGAGAAUCAGGAGUGAAGCAGUUUUGUGCACUCCUGGAGGACUCACACUGCAGAUUCAAGAAGCUCAAGCUUAAGAACUGCAGCAUAACAGAAGAUGGCUGUGCUGCUCUGACUGCAGCUCUGAUAUCAAACCCUUCACACCUGGUAGAGCUGGACCUUAGUGAGAAUAAACUAGGGAACACAGGUGUGAAUUACAUCUUGGAGUUACUGACAUUUAAAGCAGAGAUUCCUGAGAAUAUGCAAGUAUACUCUGAAGUGGAACAGCCAUCACCUCUUCUUAGGACACCACACUGCCAGUUACAAAAACUGAAGCUCUCAGACUGUGGUAUAACAGGACAUGGAUAUAAUACUCUGGCCUCAGUUUUCAAAUCAAUACCCUCACACCUGAAAGAACUGGACAUGAGAGGAAAUGACCCUGGAGAUUCUGGAGUUGAGCUCCUCACCUCAGCACUGAACAAUCAGGAAUGCAAACUGAAGCUGCUGAAGAGUGCCACUGCAGAGAAAGCUUAUGAGCAUCUGGCUUCAGUUCUAGGCAAAAACCCCUUACUCCUGACAGAGCUGGAUCUGAGCAAUACAAACGUUGGAGACUCAGGGGUACAACAGUUGUGUGCUCUACUGAAGGAUUCACACUGCAAAUUCAAGAAACUCAAACUCUCAGACUGUGGCAUAACUGAAAAAGGAUAUGCUGCUCUCGCUGCAGCUGUCAAAUCAAACUCCUUGGACGAGCUGGAUCUGAGAGGAAAUGACCCUGGUGACUUUGGAGUAGAGCUCCUCACUUCAGCAUUGAACAAUCAGGAAUGCAAACUGAAGUUGCUGAAAAGUUGUGCUUCAGUGAAAGCUUGUGAGUAUCUGACCUCAGUUCUGGGUAGAAACCCCUUACUCAUGACAGAGCUGAACCUGAGUGAGAAGAUACAAGGAGACUCAGACGUGAAGCAGUUCUGUGCUCUACUGGAGGAUUCACACUGCAGAUUCAGGAAAAUCAGGCUGUCAGACUGUGGUAUUACUGGAGAUGGAUAUGCUGCUCUGGCCUCAGCUUUAGAAUUAAAUCCCUCACACCUGGAGGAGAUGGACCUAAGAGGGAAUGACCCUGGAGACUCUGGAGUGAAGCUCCUCCUGUCAGCAGUGGACAAUCAGAAAUGCAAACUGAGGUUAUUAAAGAAUGAUGCAGCAGAGAAUGCCUGUGAGUAUCUAACAACAAUUCUAGGUAGAAAUCCCUUACUCCUGGUGGAGCUGGACCUUAGUGGGAAGCAACAAGGAGAAUCCAGAGUGAAUCAGUUGUGUGCUCUGCUGGAGGAUCCUCACUGCAGACUAAAAAAACUCAAAUUAUCAGACUGCGGUAUAACAGAAGAAGGAUAUGCUGCUCUGGCCGUAGCUCUCAAAUCAAACUUCUUACACCUGGAGGAGCUGGACCUAAGAGGAAAUGACCCCGGAGACACUGGAGUGGAGCUCCUCACUUCAGCACUGAAAAAUCAGAAAUGCAAACUGAGAAUGUUGAAGUGUGAUGCAGCAGAUGAAGCUUUUGAGUAUCUGACUGCAUUUCUGGGUAGAAACCCCUUACUCUUGACAGAGCUGGACCUGAGUAAGAAGAGACUUGGGGACUCGGGACUGAAGCUGUUCUGUGCUCUACUAGAGGAUUCACACUGUAGGCCCAAAAAACUAAAGUUUAUCAAUAGCAGUAUAACAGAAGUGGGCUGUGCUGAUCUGACCUCAGCGCUGACAUCAAACCCCUCACAUUUGACAGACCUGGAUCUGGAUGAAAAUAAACUGAAAGACUCAGGAGUGAGGCAGAUCUCUGAACUGCUGAAGAAUCCAAACUGUAUGCUACAGAGACUAUGGAUUCAGUCCUGCAGUAUAACAGAAGAGGGAUGUGCCGCUCUGACUUCAGCUCUGACAAUGAACCCUUUACACCUGGUGGAGAUAGACUUGAGUAGUAAUAUAUUGGGAGAUGCAGGAGUGAAGCAGAUUGCUGCAUUACUCAAGAACCCAGACUGUAAACUACACACAUUAGGGCUUCAGUCCUGCUGUAUAACAGAAGAGGGCUGUGCUGCUUUGACCUCAGCAUUGACAUCAAACCCCUCACACCUGAUUGAGCUGGACAUUAGUGGUAAUAAACUGGGGGAUUCGGGAGUGAUGCACAUUUCAGCACUUCUUAGCCAGCCAAACUGUAAAAUCCAGAUAUUGGGGCUUCGUGACUGCAAUAUAACAGAAAAGGGUUGUGAUUUUCUGGUGUCAGCUCUAGAAUUAAACCCCUCACAUCUGAUAGAGCUGUCUGUGAACAAUAACAACUUAAGAGACUCAGGAGUGAAGCAGAUCUCUACUCUACUUAAGAAUCGAGACUGCAAACUACAGAUACUGGGGCUUUGGUCCUGCAGUAUAACACAAGAGGGAUGUGCUGCUCUGACUUCAGCUUUGACAUCAAACCCCUCACACCUCAUAGAACUAGAUCUGGAUGACAACAAACUAGGAAACUCAGGAGUGAAGCAUAUCUCUUCUGUACUCGACAAUCCAAACUGUAAACUACAGAAGCUGCUGCUUCAGUCCUGCAGUAUAGCAGAAGAAGGUUGUGCUGCUCUCACUUCAGCUCUGGCAUCUAACCCCUCACACCUGACAGAGCUCUGUUUAAAUGAUAAUAAAGUAGGAGACUCGGGAGUUAAGCAGAUAUCUGCUCUUCUCAGGAAUCCUGACUGUACACUACAUACACUGGGUGUCCUGUCCUCUCUCUACAGGCUUAGGUCCUGCAGCAUAACAAAAGAGGGAUGUGCUGCUCUGACCUUAUCUCUGACAUCAAACCCCUCAAGCUUGAUUUGGCUGGAUCUGAGUAAUAACACAUUAGGAGACCAAGGAGUGGAAAAGAUCUCUGCUUUACUCAGGAAGCCAGAAUGUAAACUACAGACACUGAGCCUUAGUGACUGCAGUAUAACAGAAAAGGGCUGUGCUGCUUUGACAUCAGCCCUGACAUCAAGCUCUUCACACCUGAUUGAUCUCGACCUGGAUCAUAAUAAUCUGGGUCACUCAGGAGUGAAGCAGAUCGCUGCUCUACUCAGAAAUCAAGACUGUAAACUACAGAAACUGAGUCUUGGGUCCUGCGGUAUAACAGAAGAAGGUUGUGCUGCUCUGACUUCGGCUCUGUCAUCAAACACACCACACCUAAGAGUGCUGCAUCUGAAUGAUAACAAACUGGGAGACUCCAAAGAGAAGAUCUCUGCUUUACUUAGGGAUCCAUACUGCAAACUACAGAUACAAUUUUGAAUCAUCACUCUACACAUCUAUCUAUCUAUCUAUCUAUCUAUCUAUCGAUCUAUUGAUAUAUCAUAUAUCCAGUACAUGCUAAAAGUUUGGACAGACCUUCUCCUCACCAAAGGCAUCAAAACUGUAAAUGAACACAUUGUUGUAUGUUCUUAGCAAAACGAUAUA